CGCCAUGGCUGCCGCCGGCCGGGAAAGACGUUAUUUGACUCAGCCGGCGGCAGCCCCAGCCAAGCCACCGUCAGUUUCGCCACAGCCAGCAGCGCCCGUCCGAGGGAAGCCUAAGAACCGUCUGGUCUAUCCACCUCCCCCGAAGAGCUCCCGCCUGUCGCGCUCCCUUCUGCGCUGGCUCCAAAGUCUGGAUCUCAGCUUCUUCCCCAGGCACAUCAACAGGGAUUUUUCAAAUGGCUUCCUGAUUGCAGAAAUAUUCAGUAUAUAUUACCCCUGGGAACUUAAAUUAUCCUCCUUUGAAAAUGGAACUUCUUUAAAAGUCAAAUUGGAUAACUGGGCACAGUUGGAGAAGUUCCUGGCAAGAAAAAAUUUCAGAUUACCUAAAGAACUAAUCCAUGGAACAAUUCAUUGUAAAGCUGGAGUACCUGAAAUACUGAUACAGGAGGUUUAUACUUUAUUAACACAUCGAGAAAUUAAAAGUGUCCAGGAUGACUUCGUGAAUUUCACGGACUAUAGUUACCAGAUGCGUUUACCCCUGGUUCCCAGGUCUACAGCUUCAAAGUCAAUUAAAGAUAACAUUAGAUUGACAGAACUACUAAGCAAUCCCAACACACUCAACACUGAACUUAAAAUAGAGUUCCUCUUCCUUUUACACAUGUUGCAAAGAAAAUUAAGCAGAAAAUUGAAUCCAAAAUGGUUUGAUGUCAAACCAACAGUAGGAGAAAUUACUCUCAAUCGUCUUCCUGCCCAAUCCUCUGGGCACAGGUUUAAGUCAAAGGUUGCAAAAGAAAAAGUUGCCCCUGUUUUACAAAAUACAGGUAAUUGUGGCAGUUGCCAUCGAGAAAUUUAUGUGAAGCGAGGUGGAAGACUUUCUUGUGAUUCUGCUUUGAAACCUACCAAAAAUAUGAAAAAUAAAACUUGAAAAGCACCUGUUAAAUGGCUUUGAAGAAGUGAUACUACCAUCUCUUGCCAUACUAAAGAGAUAUUAUCACCUAGUCUUAGAUGUAUUUCAAUAACAAAUAAAUUGAAAUGGCGUCUU